GAGAAAGUCGGAUCUCGUCACCAUCAAGCUCGAGUUGUCAGUUCCCAACCAUGCUUGGCUAGGAAAAGUGCUAGAAUUCCGUGCUGCUAAAUAAAUGUGAUGAGUUAAAAGUGCAUCAGUCUGUGUAUAUAAGAACAAUGGCGCGGCAUGCGGGAGCUGAUGGGAGGAAACCGACGUAUGCAAUCCUGGCAGCGGUAUUAGUGCUGUGCUGGCCUACAAGUGCGGCUGCCUCGUCAGUACUACAAUAUUCCAUCAUCUCCUGGGGCGGCCUCAGGGGGAAUGUAACGUUUUCCUGGGGAGGACCGGGCACCAACGUGACUGUGGAAGCUAGCCUGGAGGUGGUUGGGGUAGAAGUGACCCCCAAAGACCCAAGAGUACGCUGGGGAUACACACUGGGCCGGGCGAUACGAUACAGACCAGCGGGCGUGGGCGGCGAGCGAACCUACGAGACGCGGUUCUUCAGUCCGAUGGGCGGUUCCAUCUGGAUCCGUUCGUGGACCUGGAACGUGGGCGGCGUGGACAGCGAGGGCGCCGAGACCAAGGGCGUGCAGACGACCAUCUUCACCGACGUCUUCAACACGGCUGACGACGACCCGCCCACCGGGAACCACGACUGGGCCAUCUUCAUCACCGACAUUCUCGACGACAGAGAUGAGAGGUCGUCCUGUAACUUCCUGAGCCGCAUCUACGACCCGCUGGGACGCGAAAAGUGCAACGAUGAGAGCUGUCCCAUGGGAAGUCUCUCGCACGCAUUCGGAGAGCUGCGCGUCGGCACUCGGAGGUCCCGCUUCUCCCGCAAGAUGUACUCGAGCACCGACUUCGCGCUGCCGGACCUGUCGGGGCCCAGGAAGCUGUACAUCGCCGUGAUGGGCGCGCUGCACCCCGACCACCUGUGGGCGUGCGCCAAGAUGCGGGAGGUGAAGCCCAAGAAGGCGCGCGCCAUCUUCAACGGGAUGGGCGUGACGGGCGAGGUGCGGUUCGAGCAGACGUCGGUGUUCGCGCCCACGGACCUGACGCUGGACCUGCGCGGGCUGGCGGGGCGUGCGGGCGGCUUCCACGUGCACGAGCUGCCGUCGUACCCGCCCAAGCACGCCGGGGACUUCCCGUGCGGCAAGACGGGCGGCCACUACAACCCGUUCGAGGUGGACCCGAGCACGUCGCCCGAGCCGGGUCUGGGCAGCCACGACCGCUACGAGCUGGGCGACCUGAGCGGCAAGCACGGCCUCCUGACGGGGCUGCAGGAGGUCGAGGCCACCGUCACGGACCACAACCUGCCGCUGUUCGGGCCGCGCUCGGUGCUGACGCGCAGCCUGGUGCUGCACCGCGACUCGGGCGAGCGCUGGCUGUGCGCCAACAUCCGGCCGACGGAGCCGCAGGUCCGCGCCGCGGUCACCUUCCGCUACCCGCUGGUCGGCGAGAUCAUCUUCGAGCAGGAGGCCGAUAACUACCUGGCCGACACCACGGUCUUCGUCAGCUACCUGGUGUACUCGGACGGCAGCAGGAACUCCACGGGCAAGCACCGCUGGCACGUGCACGACCACGUCCCGGGGAAGGACUUCUACAACUGGACGAUGCGCUGCGUGUCGGCGGGAGGCCAUUACAACCCCUACAAGAUCUCCCUGGCCGACAAAGUCUACCGCUACUGCGACGCCGACACCACCGAGCGCUGCGAAGUCGGCGACCUGGAGAAGCGCCACGGGUCGCUGUACAUCGCCGGGUCGGUUCGGGAAGUCGGCGCCACCCAGAGGCUCUUCACCGACACCAACCUGCCGCUGUCGGGCCCGAAAUCCGUCCUCGGGCACUCGGUUGUCCUGCACGACGACUUCGCGCCGAAGCACCGAGGGGAUAGGAUGGCCUGUGCCGGAAUCUUCCGCAAGUUCCGCCACAAGGGCGUGGUGAGCAAGUGGUACUCCCAGCGCGGCGCCGGCAACGUCGAGGGCAAAGUCGAGUUCAUUCAGGAGUCUGAGUUCGACAUCACCAACACCGAGGUCGACCUUCGUGGCUUACAGGGAAUCGCUAAGGGUUACCACGUCCAUAUGGUCCCCGUGGAGAAGGAGCUGCAGUUCCCGUGCGCGGCCUCGACCACCCUCGGCCACUACAACCCUCUGAACAUCACGCCCUCCGACUCCCCGCCUCCGGACCAAGGAACCGACGAUCUCUACGAGGCCGGGGACCUGGCGGGGAAGUACGGCACCCUCGAAGGACUCACCUGGAAGAAGGACUUCUACAACGACUCCAACCUGCACCUCUUCGGCUCGACGUCGAUCAUGGGCCGGUCCAUCGUGAUCCACAAGAGGGAGAAGAAUGCCAGGUGGUUCUGCGGGAGCAUCGGCUGGGGCUACUCCCCUGCAGAAGCUCGCCAGGUCUCCGCCAUCGCCUCCUUCCACAACCCUCAGGGCUACGCUUGGGGCUACAUCAGACUGAGACAACUGGUGUACAUGGAUGAUUCCUUUGGAGAAACUUUCAUCGAGGUCAACCUUCGCCACCCGGGAAGUAACAACCGGAAUGUGGUAAGUACUUGGCUCAUUUCACUCACUUUCCUCCUGUCAUACUUGUUCCUGUUGGGUGUGUAUGUUUCGAAAGACUACUACGAGCGCGAGUGCAGCCCCGAGGUCCCCCUGCGCUGCGACGUCGGCGAUCUCUCCGGCAGGCUCGGCCCCAUCGACGUUGGAGACCAGAGAUACGUGUUCGUCGAUAAGAACCUUCCCUUGACUGGCCCGCACGGCAUCAUGAACAAGGCCAUCAUCAUCCACCGGGAGAACGCGGGCGUGGAGCGCUUCGCCUGCGCCAACAUCGAGCCUGACAACGACAUCAUCAAGUGGGUCCUCAUCAGGAAGCCCCCCAAGUUCUCGUUGAUUCGCGUGAUGGACGACAUUCGCGAGGUCCUUGGCGCCCCUGAGUGGUACCUCGCCGCCGACCUGCAGACGGUGAGCGAGUCGGUGGACCAGAAGUGUGCCACCUUCGUCGUCAACUUCAUGGGCCCCCAAGCCCACCAACUGGAGCAGGAUUUCUCGCGCAUCCUGGCGGGGGGCAUCCUAGACCAUCCUACGAUCAGCAUCCGGGGCGUGUAUCCUGACCCCAAGAGGAAGAAGAAGGUCCCGUACCGCACGUGCGGAGGACUCGAGGAGGAGGAUGUGUUCGAGGACGAGGAAUCGUGGUGGAACGUCCUGACAGGCAGCAACACCCCGGACCACGCAGCCUCAACGGCCCCCUUCUUCGCCGCCUCCUUCUGCACCCUCGUCGCGUCGUUGGCUCUUCUCGUCCUGGUCACGAGGGUAUAACUGCAGAGAAAAGAAGGAAAAAAAAGGAAGAUGUAUUUUUAUAUAUAAUUUUUGUAUAUUUUUUAUUGUUUUUUUUAUAGCAU